GAUUCUAUCCAAUCGCAUGCAUCACGGUAAACGAUGGUGUAUACACUCAGAGUACUCGGUGCACUAGUGACUCGGUUGCGAAAUAAACACGGCACUUACGGUGAUUCUUCGGCAUGUUGCGGUAAUUGGAAUACGAUAGAAUGAUCUAGAUGAUUUUCCAAAAUGCUCGGCAUACUCGUGGCUGGACGAUUCGUUCAAACAGACUUUCAGCAGAUCGGAGAAAACCAGUUCUUGAUCAAUGUGCCUGAUGCAGACAACAUAAAUCAUAUUGUGGUCUUCCUGACUGGUACUGUACCAUUUCCAGAUGGCAUGGGAGGAGCAGUAUACUUCAGUUGGCCUGAUCUGAGUGCACCACCCAACUGGCAGUUCCUCGGCUAUAUUUCCAAUAAUAAGCCAUCAGCUAUCUUUAAAAUAUCAACAUUGAAGAAAAAUCAUGAAUUUGAAAACAGCAAUGUAGGUAUUUUUGGGAUAGGCAAAAUCUCGCAUGUGGCUCAGAUUGGAGUAUCUGUGGAACCGCUAGCAGUAAUCGAGCAGCAAGCAGCUAUGCUUGUUACCACUACAAACAAUAAUUUCAUAGAAUUUGCAGAGAAAAUGCUAACAAAUUUCAUGAACUAUGUGGCAAGUUUCACAGUGAAUCAGACACUAAUGACACCAAAUCCAAUGGAAAACUUUGUACCCCUAUCUUCAGUGCAUGUAUGGUACGAAACAUUCCAGAGACGAUUUCGACAGAAUCCUAGUUUCUGGAAGACUAUGUGAUUAGAAAUAAUAUUUAACAGCGCCUUUUAGAAUUUUUAUCAAUGUACAGUGUAUAUAUUUGUGCACGUGUGAUCCAGCAUCCAAGUACACUUUUAUAUACACUCAAAUGUUAUUGUCACAGUGAAUACUACGUACAGUUGUGAAUGUGCAUUUGUCUUUGGUGCUUCUAUGAGAUACAUUAAAUCGUCAAAAUGAAUUUAACAUUUUUAUAUUGUCACCAAUAAACAAAUGAUAAUGUUAUUUAAAUUCC